CUUGUCUUGCCUUCUUUUCCAUUGUCUUUUUACGGCACCUGCAUGCCCCCUCCUGCACCGCUGACGACCUCAAGGUGACUCUGGACGACAGACUUCGUACCUUUGAGAAGAAGGCACGCGUAGUAGACUGCCAGACAAUGCAAGAUACCGUUGACCUGAAUGCUGCUGACAUUGCUGUUAUUGUUAUACUGUGUAUAUUCGGUAUUCUCCUGUUGGCUGGUGCGGUCUGUGACAUCUCCAUUAACUUCUACAAUAAGCAACAUUAUCGGAAAGGUCCCCUGCGGUUCCUGUUGGUCUUCUCCGCCUAUAGCAACUUGAAGAAAAUUUUUACCAUAAAUAAGAAAGAAAACCCUGAGGUGAUUUCCUGCAUUCACGGAAUGAGAGUGUUAUCUAUGACCUGGGUAGUGUGGGGCCAUAGCUUCUUCAUGUUAUUCUUCUCCUCUUCCAACAUUCUCGGUAUUCAGUCUGUAACAGACGACGUGAUAGAUGAGACUGCUGAUAACGCGACUUUCAGUGUGGAUACCUUCUUCUUCAUUGGUGGCCUCUUACUGACUUAUGGAAUCCUCAAUGAGUACAGCCGAGUUGGAAAGGUCAACUGGAUAAUGUAUUAUGUACACCGUUUCAUCAGGUUAGCUCCACCAAUUGCCCUCACCGGGGCUGUCCUGGCCACAAUAGCCAGACAUGUGCUGUAUGGACCUAUGAUUGGCUAUGUUGACAGAACUCUUAUACAAAACUGCCGAGAUUUUUGGUGGGCUGACUUUCUCUUUGCAACUAAUUUUCUUAACCGUGCGUGUCUAGGACAGUGCUGGUACACUGCAGUUGACACACAAGUCUACGUUGUACUUCCCAUAGUGCUCAUCCCACUGAUUUAUCGCAGGAAGAUUGGCGUCGCCGUCCUGGCAGCGGUCACUGUCAUCUCCCUGGCCAUACCUACAAUUCUAUCUGCUGUCUAUAAUGUGCCGCCAACCUUGUUUUUUGCCAAAGCAGAGGUAGCCAUGACUAAAGAUGUCGAUACGUACGCGACUCCAUGGUGCCGAGCCAACUCAAUCCUAGUAGGAGUCUGGGCAGGCUUUCUACUCUUCUCUGUCAAAGGAAGAAACAUUAAACUCAGACUGUGGCAGACACUGUUAGGAUGGGCGGUGGCAACAACGAUAGCUUCGUUAGUGCUCUAUGGCAUGGCUAAGUACGAUACCUGGGUUGACAGAGUGCUACUACCCCCGGCACCGAGUAUCGUGUAUGCAGGGUUUAGUCGGGCUGCCUGGUGCCUGGCACUUCUCUGGGUCGUCUUUGCUUGCCAUACUGGACACGGAAGUUUGAUCAAUACCUUUCUCGCUCACCCGUCAUGGCAACCAUUAAGUCGUCUGACAUACACGAUUUACCUUGUUAUAAUGCCACUCCAGAUGUUAUAUACGGGUCUCGUUUACACACCAGUCUACAUCGACUAUCUAAGCUCUAUUGUUAAUACCUGUGGCUUCCUGUUUAUCGGUGGAAUAUUGGCAGUGUUACUGUCACUCAUGACGGAGGGACCAGUCAUAGGCAUGGAGAAACUCCUCUUCCAGCGUCCAGGUCGAGGAAUCCUGGACGCAGCGAAUGGAGUCAAGUCGAUAAACAAACUUGAAGACUAACUCAUGACCAGGAGUCACACCUUCAUGACCAUGAGCCACAUCUUCCUGACUAGGAGCCACACUUCAGUCCCGUGGAAAUGAAUCUUCCAUCGUUGGUAAAUCCAAACUUUAACUGGUUAUACGUAUCUCUCUUUCUUUAGAGGAAUUGACUACAGAUGUUCAGGAAAUGUUUGCAAUAGAACUGUUAAAAUAAUUACAAUCUUAAUAAAUUAUACCAGAAAA